AUGCAUAUGCGCUAUCAAGUUCUUUCGACGGAAGCCUUGGUUAACGUCGUUCACAAUUUCGAAAACGCUACAAAUGCUAUUGAGACGAGUACGAAUGAAUUUGAGCGGGAGGCUAAAUUAGCUCAUGACAUUGUGGCUGCGGAACAUAGGAAGACAGUGGAAGAUGCCCUGCCCAACUUGGAAAUAUGUCCGAAGUUACCCACUCGACUUUUCUCUGUCCCUUUCCCACGGAAUUCCAUGUUUCUUGGACACGAUGAUAACCUCUCCUGGAUACUAGAGAAGAUUCAAAACGCAACACAGUCACAGAAUUCCUGCGUUAUCCACGGAAUCGGCGGUGUUGGGAAGACUCAACUAGCUCUCGAAUUCACCUAUAGGUUCCAAGAGAAAUUUCGGUAUAUCUUCUGGCUAUCAGCUGAUGAUGAGGCUAGUCUAUCGGGCACGUUUGGUAGGAUCGCGACUAUGCUAUCUCUCAAGGGUCCGGAUCAAGGCCCUAGCCACCUCACUAUAGAGGUGGCACGUCGCUGGCUCUGCGAGAAUCCACCACCGGCAUAUACAGUGACUGCCGCUUCGGAAGCUCUUGAAAAACACCAGGAUCUAAGUCUAACUACUCUCGAGGCUAAUAUAAUUGCCUAUGGCGCAGGGGUAUUAUGGAAUACCGGGGGUAUCACAAACCGUCGGCGGGCUCACGUAAUGACCUGGAGGGUAUUAGAGCUUCGCGAACAGUAUAUCAAGAAUACUCCAGAUGAUCAACUUGUUGUCGAGGAUCACGUACUCCUUGCCAACGCUUACAACGACUGGGCUGUGCAACUGAUCAACGAAGGGAAAUAUGCAGAGGCAAAACCUUAUAGUGAAAAAUCGCUUGCAAUGAAAGAAAAACUUUUGGAUACCAAGAGUCAUCAGUUUGAGUUCUUCAUCUCUAAAAUAAAAUUAGCGUUCGCCAUUUUAGCAGAGGGGUGUCCGGAAGAGGGGAUAGCUAUGGCGCAGGAUGCGAUCACCCAUAUUGAAAGGGAAAGGGGAGCGGAAGACCCGUACACCAUACAUCACAUGUUCCAAGUGGCCAACGCGUGGGCAAAUGUUGGUAGUUACAAGAAGGCCGCAGCACUACACAAAGCAGUUAUGAAAGCGAGAAUAUCGCUUUUCGGAGAAACAAACCCUGACACACUGAACGUCUACUUCGCAGUUGCAUUAUGCCUAUACAGAAUUGAGGAAUUUUCAGAGGCGCAACAAAAUCUGAGUCAAUGCUUCAAAAACAGUGAGGCGGCUCAAUGGUCAGUCGAAAAUAUCCUCCGAGCAAAGUACCUUCAUGCCUUAAUCAUGCAACAUAUGAAUGAGGAAGCGGAAGGGAAAGCACUAGAAUCCGAGGUCAUUGCCGAGCGCAACGACUUACUAUCGAAAUUUGCCGAAGGGAAAUGGGUCAAGCCGUUACCGUGUCGAAACGAGUUUAUCUACUUCGACUAUCUAGUCAACAUCAAUGCCGGAAGAACUUCUAUUGGGCAGCUGGAAAUCGAUUAA